GUAGAGGAUCAGAACCUGAGCCAUGGUUUGUGCAAUCUCCUCACAGUUCUCAACUCUCUCAUUUCGCCGUCACGGUGUGCGCAAUGCGGCGCCGUCUCCGUGCAAGCCGAACGCUAUCAAACCUGCAAAGGAAUUCCCUAGCGCCGGGAGGAGACAGAUGCUGUUCUUUCUGACGGCGUCUACGGCGUUGACGGUGAGGGAAGCGGCAUCCGUGGCACAGGAUAUUCCCCUGUUCGGGAUACGGAAGAGUCUGAAGAAAGUUGAGGAAGAAGCUGAGGAGAUUGUGAAGGAGGGCUUUGAAGCCGCGGACAAGGGGCUGGAAGCGGCGGAGAAGGGAAUAGAGACGGCAGAGAGGGAGGUAUCGUCUGCAGUGAGUUUUGGGGGUUUGGCGCAGGCGGGAGUGGUUGGUGGAGCAGAGGCUUUGGGCGUUUUGAUUGCAACGGCGGUGGUCAACGGUAUUUUGGGGCCUGAAGCUCAAAAGUCAUAACUCAUGACUAAUGUAAUGUCCAGUACAUUAUUGUCCAUGCAUAUCAUCAUCUUCAUCACCAUUCAAUUGGAUAUAUAUGUGUGAAAAAUUAUCCUGUCACUCUGUAAGUCUGUAACGUUGUGCCUUCUUUAUGUGUUUAGCUUUGCAGCUGUGUCAUCAUAUCAUGUGAAAUUGUGAAUGAAUCAGGUAACUAUUCCAAUCGGCUUGUUCUUAUGUCCAGAAACUAAUUUCGUUCUUACCAGACAUUUAUUGUUGUCCGAUUAGGGUUAGUCCUAGGUUUGACUUUUGUUACUACUCCUGCUAUAACAUUUGCUUUUUCCAAUCUAUUUGUUUAUGAAAGUUGUAGGGUGACGAUGAUUUUACAUCGGUGUAACUUAUAUUAUUAAUCUUG